AUGCAGCUCCCUUCCAUUCUAGACCCACUCCUGGCUAUGGUUGGCCUGCGCCAGGUCAAUUAUGGGGCGGAGGAAACGGUUACUGUAUCGAGCGUCCGGCUUCACAAACUCGGGUCGCCAGUCGAUGUCAAGAUUCCAAGCCUUUCCUUUGAGCUGAGCGGCAAUGAAGCAGACGGCCUCGAAUGCUCGGCAACCGACGUGUCCUGGCCCAAGCCAGGGUUCAAUUGGUGCGGCAAUAGCAAGUACUCGUUUGCCCUCUUAUCUGACACUUCGAUUAGUAAUGACGAUCACAAGUUUAAUCUCAUGAUCUACCACGACGUCGGUGAUAGAAAGGCGGAUUUGCGCGGUGGUACCGGGUUGGAUUUCGACUGUCGCAGCCAGGGCGACGGACCAGCCGAUGAGAUUUGCAAGCAAGACGCCCCUGUCACGUUCAAGAUUGAUGGUCCUGUGGCCAACUACACUCCCCCGGGUGCAUUGGGUUUCGUAACAGAGCGCUUCGGGGAACGCCUUUGCAUCGCCAUCUACAUUGCCUGCUGCGUCGCACUGCAGCUCUUGUUCUGGCUGGUGCUACAGUUCGUCGUUUCGGCCGUGGCCAUCUCACUUCUUGGCUUCUUCAUUGACCCUCUAUAUGCUACUAUCACAGUCACCGCAGAGCUGCUGUCGAAGAACCUCCAUGGUAGUGCUAUCGGAUUUUCCCUCGCUCUUGGGGGCGCUGGAGACACGGUGUUUCCCUUAUUCAUCGGCGCCAUCGCCGAGUCAGCCGGCGUUUGGGUUCUGCAGCCCAUCAUACUCUGUCUAUUUUUGAUUCAAGCUAUUAACUGGCUUCUAUUCCCAAGGAUUCAGCCGGAGGAUUAG